AUGACACACUUCGCGAAGAUACUCGGAUGGAUUGCUUUCGCCCUACUGCUAGUGCUUACUUUCGCCUACCGAAUAGUCUCGAGUGGUCUCAAAACCACCACCGUCACCGCCGCCAACACCAGCGGGAAAGCACCUGUCCCGCUGCAAGAGCGGCGGCCACAGCAGCGUCCAGAGGCCUCCGCGGAGGAACUCAAGCAUCGAAAUAUGUACUUGAACCGAUACUGCGCCCGGAGGGAUCCAAUUAACAGCAGAUAUGGUUAUGCCACUGUCAUUGAACAAACGCGCUGGAUCACAAAUACCACUGCGAAGGUACGCUGA